ACUUGAUAACGCUUGCGCUGCGAAAGGUUGCUCAACAGGGCAUGGAAAAGAAGACGACGAACGAUCAUCCUUGCUGAGACAUUUGCAGAGCUUCGUGAAAGCCCGAAAGUCGGUCAGAUUUCCAUUUCCGCCGGGCAAUUUCAACCUCUCUGUUCGCCGCCGUGAACCACAUCCUCGGAAUCCAUGGUGAUCGAUGUUUAUUUGCAUGCACUCUACCUUCAGUCGAAUCUCUAUAGAGGGGUAUCCAGGAAGGAUAAGCCGAGAUCCCGUCAUCAUGGUGGGUUAACCCAGCAGAAGAAGCAAGAAAUUAAGGAAGCAUUUGAUCUAUUUGACACUGAUGGCUCAGGGACUAUUGAUGCUAAGGAGCUGAAUGUUGCCAUGAGGGCGCUCGGCUUUGAAAUGACAGAAGAGCAAAUCAAUCAAAUGAUUGCAGAUGUGGACAAGGAUGGCAGUGGCUCAAUCGACUUUGAUGAAUUCGUACACAUGAUGACAGCCAAAAUUGGAGAAAGGGAUACUAAAGAAGAACUCAUGAAAGCAUUCCGCAUCCUUGACAAUGAUAAGAAUGGGAAGAUAUCAGUCGAUGACAUUAAGCGAAUAGCAAAAGAGCUUGGCGAGAGCUUAACCGACAGAGAGAUCCAAGAGAUGGUUGAUGUUGCUGAUCAAGACCGGGAUGGAGAAGUGAACAUCGAGGAAUUUUUGAGGAUGAUGAGAAGAACAUCGUACCACUACUGAUGCUUCUAACAAUGAAUUUCUGCUUUUGAUUUCAAUCAUUAUCCUGUUGCACAAUAUACCUAUGUUUGUACAAACCGGACAUAGCAUCAAGAUACCUUAUGCAAGAAAAUCUAUGGGCUCUACUUUAACUAGCUUCUUCAUGCUGUCCACACUGCUGCAUAAUGUAUUUCCGAGUUUUAUGCGUCAUUCAGUCCAGAGAUCUAUGGAUGUUAUGAGAACUUUAUAAACUCGGCGCCAGCAUUUUGUCCAACACUGGAUGGUUUUAAUUCCUCAACCAGAGUUGGUCUCUCUGAACGCUCUGCUCCCUGGCUAUUCUCUCCACGGGCUCGUGUUCGUUCUAGGUUUGAAGCCUAACUCGAGCAGUUUGGCGACAGUAAUCCCUGUGGCUAUGCCGUUCCUGUUCAAUGAUUUUUACCCAAGAUUUAAUGUUGCUGUCUGGAU